UUAUCUGUGCCCUUCUGUUCCAUUCAAUGUGAAAAUUUUUGAUUUUUCAACUAAUUUUAUAUAAAUAAAAUUUGGAUUGCAUUUUAAAACAAAUUAAAUACCACUCUCCACAAUUCCUCAAAAAUGUCUCGGCAGCACUUAAGUCGGGUCGAUCGAUUUGCGCAGAUGUCCAAACAAGAAGAGGUCAUUGCCAAAAAACGUCAGGAAAUUCUUGAAAAACAAAGAACUACCGAACUGGCUAAACAAGUUGCAGCUGCACAAAGCAUCGCUUCCAAACAACAAGUCGAAGAUUCUGCACCGGAAGAGGUUGAAAUAGCUGAAACAAUUGUCGCAACAACAACCACAACAUCACAGCCCACAGCAAGCUUAGUUGCUUUGACUAAUCAAUCCAAAGUCAAGAACACAUUCUGUAAUGAUGGUUCUUUCCUUACGCAUUUCAAAAAAAUACUUGAAAAACACAAACCUGAACCACCGCCACCACAACCAGAACCAGAGCCUGAACCAGAACAUGAGUUGGAAGCAGAAACACAAUCGUCAAACGAGACAGUGCCCACUUCUUUUCCAUCUAACAUUGGCAAUGAUCACCAACAACAACAGCAACAACAACAACUACAACAACAGCAAAACCAACAACGUCAACUACAAAAUGCAACUCAACCCAUGCCUAUUGAAACUCAAAUGCCUCCAACUGAAAUUCCUCAUCCACCGAUAGCACCAAAUCCAUACUUCAAUCUUGUGAUUCCUCCGCCAAUGAUGAAUAUACAGGUUACAGUUCCACCACCACCUCCACCACCGCCACCAGUACCGCUGCAACAAUGCAUUCCUCCACUUUAUAUGAUACCACCGCCAGAGCCACUGCAAUUGAAUACAAUUCCUCCGCCAAAGGAAUUCGAUUUGAAUGCCAUUCCUAAGCCAGAAUUUAAUUUAGAUGCAAUUCAGGUGCCAUCCGAGAUGGCAUCAGAAAAAGUUUUUUCAGACAACUCAAAUGACUCUAUAACAUUACCGUCAUCAUUAGAACAGUUAAUCGAUUUGGUUGCCGAUUUUGGUGAUGGUUAUGAAGAUAAAAUACGUUCGCAUAAAAACGCUUUACACCCAUCCUUGUGGUUUCUCUUUGAGAAGGAUUCUGAGCAGUAUGUUAGUUACCGCAAAGCAUUGGAAGCCUCUCGUUUGGAUCAACGCCUGCAAGAGCAGGAAUUCUUCGAACAAGAUGAAAUGCCACACUUUGAUUUGGCUAAACCAACAACCUCAUUCGACGACAAAUAUGAUCCUGAGUGUGUGCCAGCGACCACAUUCGAUGAUAAGUAUGAUCCUGAGAGUGUGAUGGAUCGUGAUGAAGAUUCAGAUGACGAAUACAUGCGUGGUAUGAUGGAUCGUAAUCGAGACAAUCUUAAACGACGAAUCGAGUGUCGUAAUGAGAUCAUGGAAGAAGAACGCCAGCGUGAAGAGAAGAAAAAACAACGCAAAAGUCGAUGGGGUGAAAAGUCGGAAGAUAUACCACCAGCAGCUGCUCUCUGUACUUUGGCUAACCAAAACAAACCGGUAUUGUCGGGAGUACAGCGAACAGAUCCAGCAUUGCUUGCAUAUGCACGACAAAACUACGGCACAACAGAAUUAGAAGAGGACGAAUGGAGAAAGUGUGAGGAGCACUUUAAAGUUAAUUUGCUCUAUCAAGACAUGUUGAGAAAACGACAAGAAAUCGAUAGAUUAGCCAGAUCUGGAAAAUUCAAAUACGAAUAUGAUUCAGAUGAAGAUGUAACCGGAGGAACCUGGGAGCACAAGCUACGAAAUGCUGAAAUGGAAGCCACAAACGCUUGGGCAUCGGCCCUUACCAAACAGUCUGAAGGCAAGCAUCAUAUUGGUGAUUUCCUACCGCCAGAAGAACUGAAAAAAUUCAUGGAGCAAUAUGAGGCUAAGAAGAGUAACCGUCAGCCAGACUUGAGUGAUUAUAAAGAGUACAAACUCCGUGAGGAUAAUGUUGGUUUUCAAAUGUUACAAAAGCUUGGCUGGAAAGAGGGUCAAGGUUUGGGAUCAGCUGGAACUGGAAUCGUUGAUCCUGUUAAUAAGGCACCACAACGGGACGGUCAUCAGGGAUUAGGUGUAGCAAGUGCUGCAUCACCUGAAGACUGCGAUAAUGAAUAUGACGCUUAUCGUAAAAGAAUGAUGCUCGCCUAUAGAUUUAGACCUAAUCCAUUGAAUAAUCCACGACGCGCAUACUAUUAACCGAGUAAUAAUAAAUUUAAGUAUAUAUAAAUUAUAUACUUCUUCCCCUAAAAUUAUAACAUGACUAUUAUUAUACCUAACUCCAGUAAACGUUGUUUCAAUUUUAUUAUUA